GAAAGCAGCAUGGCAGGGGUGGAAUCUAAGCUCACCUACGACUCCUACUUGAAGAUUCCACAACUACUGGUCUGCCAGGAGCCAAUCACAGACGUCCACGAUGAACACGUGUUCAUUAUUGUCCAUCAAGCCUUCGAACUAUGGUUCAAGGUGAUCAUCCAUGACAUCACGUCGGUCAGGGAUAUAUUUCACAACCCUAAGGACUGGAAAAGCCUCCCUCUACACACUGCCAUCAACCGCCUGCAGAGAGUUGCGAUGGUUCUGAGGCUGGUUGUGGAACACUUCCACAUCCUGGAGACGAUGCCGCCCCUCAAUUUUGUAGACUUCAGGGACAAUCUGACAGGGGGGUCUGGGUUUCAGAGUCUCCAGUUCCGACAGAUCGAGAAGCUUCUUGGAAUGAAUGACGGCAAUCGACAAAAAUAUGAAGGACAGGAUUAUAAAGAUAAAAUGGAUCCAAAGGACAAGGAGAUUCUAAUUGAUUACCCAGAUGGGGGUACAUUCCUAGAUGUUGUGGAAACGUGGCUUGAAUCUACUCCGGGAAUAGAUGACGGAAUCUUCUGGGGAGAGUAUCGUGACAAGUUUGUAAAGAAGGAAGACCUGGACCCUUUGCUUGAUCAGUCAACGUAUAAAAAAGGUUCCUGGCAAAUGAGUCAACGGUCGCUGAAAGGAGCUCUUCUCAUCAUGCUGCACCAGGACAAACCUGAGUUCCAGAUGCCCUACCAGUUCCUCACACUGCUGAUGGACAUCGAUGUCGCCCUCAUGAAGUGGAGGAGUACCCACAUCCACAUGGUACACAGGAUGAUUGGCCAGAAGCAGGGCACUGGGGGCACACAAGGCACUUCCGGAUAUGACUACUUGCGAACUACCUACAGUGAUGAUUACAAGGUUUUUCGCGACCUCUUCAAGAUGGCAACAUACUUACGACCCCGAACGGAAAUUCCUGAACUGAAGACAGAGCCGAAGAGUCUCAAAGACAAUUGAGUCCAUUCUCAUAUACCAUGUGUAUUUGAUCAAAACUAUAACCUAAAUAUCCUCUCGACAGCCGGGGGGUUGCCGAUUGGUUUUUGAAAAUUAGGCUCGUAUCUGAAAUACCCAGAUGAAUCCCUUGAAAUAGGCCAACAUGGUCUCUAUUAUACAGGCACAGAUAUAAUACCCUGAGGAUCUCAAAAAUGUAUUUGGAACUUGAUGAAACGUGACGCGUACACGCCGACCAGCUUGAAUGUAUCGGUGUGGUCUUCUUUUUUCUUCUAUCUUUUAAUUCUUUGUACCCCAACACCUUGCUUUGUAUAUAUUGAGAUUACUACCCAGGGUCUGCUCUUUCCGCAGAUACAAGACAGUUAGGGGACAUUGGCAUUGAAGUGUAAGGGGUCAUUGAGAGACAGGUGAAAUUCACCGAACAUUUAGAUGUAUAAAUGGCUAUAUAGUCUUAAUAAUUUUGGUGGUUUUCAUUUGUUUUAGUGAUACUUGUCGAAUGCACAUUUCCAUGACCUUGCCAUAUAUCUAUAACACGUGACCAGCCCCGAAUGUAUUAUGGUCGGAAAUUACGUUUGAAGGUUUGAACGUGCAGAGCACAUGCUGAAAUUGCCAAUAACAGUGACAUUAUAUUGACAGUUAAAUUAAAUUUACUCGCUACUAGUUUCAAAACACAUAAGCAGAAACGCAAUCAUAGAAGCUUUUAAUUUACUAUAAUUAUUCAUGCUGAGAGUAUUCAUUUCAACUUUAUAAACAGUAUUUGUUUUGAGAAGUCAAUUUACACUUGAAUAAGAACGCAAGUGUUCCCUUAGAGAAAACACACACGCAGGCUCGCGAUUAUGACAUAAAUGCAUUCACAAAUAGAAUUAUUAGUCAAGAAACUCACAUAUACACUAUUCAGAGACACCACAUUACAAUUCUUUAUAGCUAAAAUGGAUAGAAUUAUCAUAAAACCGCCCGCAUGUUAUCAGAAAUGAGCGGGCCACUGGUAACUUGAUAAUGCCCUUAUAUCGCUUGACGACGGGCCAUUAUCACGCCCG